AUGAGUCUCAGCAACUCUCUGACCGCCAGUGGACAGGACUUGACCAGCAGCGGAAACCGAGUCGGCUGGGAAGAGGCUAGCACGGUUUUGAAGCCCUCCACGCCCACCAGAAAAUCACCCAAGCCGGAGAAUGCCAUCACCAUCGGCGUGUCUGCACGAGUCCUCUUCAACAUGGAGAAGGAGCAGCACAUCUACGAGCAGCAAGGCAUGGAGGAGUACAUCAAGUAUCAGGUGGAGCAUGAAACGCAGCCUUUCAGCCCUGGACCUGCCUUCUCCUUCGUCAAGGCUCUGGAGGCUGUGAACACGCGACUGAGGGAGCUCUACCCCGACAGCGAAGAGCUCUUUGAUGUUGUACUCAUGACCAACAACCACGCAUACGUCGGCCUAAGACUCAUCAAUACCAUCAAUCAUCACGAGUUGUUCAUUGAGCGCUUCUGUAUGACCGGGGGGAACAGUCCCAUUGGCUACUUGAAGGCCUACCACACCAACCUUUACCUGUCAGCUGAUCCAGUCAAGGUUCGGGAAGCUUUGGAAGAAGGAAUAGCAGCAGCCACCAUGUUCACCCCAGAGAAGAUGACGGAAGUGUCGGAGACUCAGCUGCGUGUUGCCUUUGAUGGUGAUGCCGUCCUCUUUUCUGAUGAGUCUGAGCGCAUUUACAAGGCCCACGGACUGGACAAGUUCUUUGAGCACGAGAAGGCACACGAGAACAAGCUUCUGGACCAUGGACCAUUGAAAGGUUUCCUGGAGGCUUUAGGAAAGCUGCAGAAGAAAUUUUAUGCCAAAGGCCAGCGCAUGGACUGCCCCAUCCGGACCUACUUGGUGACAGCUCGCAGCGCAGCCAGCUCUGGUACUAGGGCCCUAAAAACUCUGCGCUCAUGGGGUCUGGAGAUCGAUGAGGCUCUCUUUCUGGCAGGGGCACCAAAGGGCCCCAUGCUGGAGAAGAUCAGGCCGCACAUUUUCUUUGAUGACCAGUUGUUUCAUGUUGAGGGGGCAGCAGAAAUGGGGACAGUAGCGUGCCACGUGCCCUAUGGGAUAGCCCAGAGAGUUAUCAAGAGAGAGACUCAUGACAAAGAGACUUCUUCAGCACCCAAGUAG